CUUGACAGGGUAAAGGAGGCAGUGACUGUCGCACCGAGUGGGCACCUAUUUUUUCCCCUGUAAACUUUUAUUUUUGACUUUGGAGCAUCCAAGUGCGACAGAGUUCUAAAAGCAAGAUGCCUGAAAAAUUCAGAGUUUGGGGGGAGAGAUAAAAGCCAUCAAGUUUGUGUUCACAGCAGUCUUCGGUACCUCUAAUUUCGAGGAACGGAGUCACAAAACUCGAUAUAUUUAAGUUCUCUGGUUCCGCUACUGUUGUUACUCCUCCACACUCGCUUCAUGGUUUUGCAGUUCCUACAAGAAGACCUACUUCUUUCACAACAGUGGCUUUCCCCGUGUUUUAGGGCUGGAACACACUGAAAAUUUGGGCUUCUAGCAGCCAUGAACAGAAGUCCAGAGCCCUGCAAAUUCUUUCUGCGAGGGAGUUGCAAAUUUGGGGAAAGAUGUAAGAAUCUUCAUCCAAGACCUCAGCAAUCUAUGCCAAAUCCGUUUGGGCAGCAGCAAUCGAGGUCAAAUCCUUUCGGCUUCGGUGUGCAAAACACCUCACAAUCAAAAGUUGCAUUUGGUGGUUUCCAAAUUCCAGACAAGCCAUUACCGCAAAACAAGUGGAAUCGUUUCUCUCCAGUAGCUAAUGGGAACCCUAAGCCAUCAACUGCAAGGCAGACUGAGUCUCAGCAAAAGGCCCUUUCCACGCAAAGCAGAAGGCCCACUGACUCUCUUCAAAAGACCCAUGGCUCCACCUGCACGGACCCUGAGAUAUGCAAAAAACAAAUAAUUGAAAAUUCAAUGGAGGAGCCUCUUUGGAAGCUUACUUGCUAUGGGCAUUGGAACUAUCUCCCAUGUGACAUCACUGGUGAUAUUAGUUUUGAAGAAUUGAGGGCAGCAGCAUAUGACGAUGCUCGACGCGGGGUGCCUCUGCAGUCAAUUGUUGAGAGAGAGAGAAACUUACUUCAGGCCAAGUUACUAGAAUUUGAGAACCUACGCCGCAAUCCAUAUGUGAUUCCAAGAAAAUCUAGCUCCUUUGUGCCGUUACCAUCACCUGCAACCAACCCAAACAUAUCACCACCUGGAUUUCAGCAAAAUAUGCCACCUUCAGUAUCAAGUUUUAGUCAACUUGGGAUGUCGACUUCCACGGGCUUGAACACAAGGCAACAAAGUUCUUUCCAAGUUUCUAGCCAGACAUCUGGUAGCAGCAACUCAGCAUUCGGCGCCCCACCAAAAGAUGCCUUUGGACAACAGGGUCCAUUUCAAAUUUCCAACCAAACAUCACCUGGUUUUGGCACGAGCAACUCGGCUUUUGGAACACCAGGAUUAUUCGGGAAUAAAGUACCUAAUCAACCUUUUGGAAGCAGUGCAGCUACAAUGAGCAACAGCCAAAUUCCAACAUCUCCAUCAUUUCCCAUGUUUACAAAUAACUACUCACCUGGCCUGUUCGGUGGGCCUAAUGUUGGUUUUAAUCCAGGUGGCAGUGGAGUGAACACAUCAAAUAUCUCCUUAGCUGACGACAAGCAAGUUAGGCUGGCUCCUGGAGAACCAGAUAUAUGGUCAAAGGAGGAAUGGGAAGUAGGGGAGAUUCCAGAGGAUGAACCACCGUCUUAUGCCCUGUUGUGAGAGCAUCAUGCAGUCAAUCACAGGAAUCGUCGAUCUCAUCGAUUUUUUCAGUUUUUUCUUCUCAAGUUCCUACUUGAUUCCUGUAAAUUUUGACCGAUUCUUUACAAUCAAUUUUGCAUGUUCAUAGUUUCAAUUGUUCUGGUUGGAGAUGUAUAUUAAUAGAAGGCCUUUGGCAGUUAUUUAAGUUUCAA